AUGAAAACUUCUGUAUUUUUAGUUUUUAUUGGAACAGCAUGUGUUUUAUCAAAGGGGAUUGUCACACCAAAACACCAAGAUAAAUUUUCUACUCUCAAAAAGACUCAACUAAAUCAUGAUCGUGUUCUUAUGGACUAUGCAUAUGAUGAUCCGGAAAAUGGAGUGAACUCGGUUAAUAAACUUACGAAAGAACUUAAUGAGAUAUUGGAUAAAGUCAGUCUUGUUUUAGAUAAUAAAAUCUACUGGAAAAGAUAUGAUUUUUCGGAUGAUAGCUCUUCAAAGACGGAGGGAUACGAUAAUACGAAGAAACAAGAUACAGUGUUAAAAAAUAUACUAGAAAAUUAUCUUAUGAGUUACCAUAAUACAGAUAAAUGUCUGCAAACAGUAGAAGCUUAUCGAUCUAUUCUUGCAACUUUUAAAAAUAGGAAUGAAGAAGUAGCUAAACUGGAUUCAUUGCUUUCAAAUAAAGAUCUGUGCGAUAAGGUAUUAAAACAUUUAGAUAAAUUAUGUAUUAGUGUUAAAAAUGAACAACUUGCAAUUAAAAAUUUCACAAAAGAUAUUUGUCGUACUGAACUUUCAAAAUGUAAGGAUCUAGAGGAAAGUUGUAAUGAUACUCUAAAAAAUUCAUGUAAUACUGUAAGGGAUAAGUGUAAAGAUCAUGUUCCUACGGGAGAUGCAUUUGUUGUAACUCAUACUGUACUUAUUAUAUCAACAACUGUAACAACAGAAGUGGCACCUGAAACAUCAACUUAUGUAAUAACAGAAACAGUGGCAGAAGUGUGUUGUACAGAUACUCUACCUGCUACAACGGAGCCUGAACCUGAGCCUGACGAACCAGAACCUGAUGAGCCAGAGACACCAGAGGUGCCAGAGGAAACAGAGGAAACAGAGGGAACAGAGGAAGUAGAGGAAACAGAGGAAGUAGAGGAAACAGAGGAACCAGAACCAGAACCGAAACCAGAACCAGAACCAGAACCAGAACCAGAACCAGAACCAGAACCAGAACCAGAGCCAGAGCCAGAGCCAGAGCCAGAGCCAGAGCCAGAGCCAGAGCCAGAGCCAGAGCCAGAGCCAGAGCCAGAGCCAGAGCCAGAGCCAGAGCCAGAACCUCAACCAACAACUGUACCUUCAGAGGAUGAACCAACUACAGACGAUUCGGGUUGUUCAUAUACAGAAAUUGUAACAGUAACAUCAGAACCUACUAAUACAGAUGAUUCUGAAGUAGAGGAUAAAGGUUAUGGGCUUCGAGUUGGAGGAUUUCACAGAGUAGGAAUCAUUUGUCUUAUCAUGGGGAUAACAGCAGGUGUUUGGAUAAUUGUUUAA